AUGAGAUCAAUGAAUUCACGUUUUUUCCUAAUUGAUUUACAAACCUCAUGUUACUCCGCUCGACAAAUCCCGCUCUCAACAACACUCUCUUACCUCUCGACAAUCACUUCGUCAUUUCGUCGAACAAGUUGUGUGCAACGUCGAAUUGCCUCCUCAAAAUCACCCACACCGUCGGUUGUACGGUCUCCGGAGAUACGGAGACCGGGUGAUCGGUACAAAACAGGAAAUGGGUCGGUGGUAGAAUUGGAGAAUUCCGUUUCUUCUUCGAGUUCAGUGAAUAAUAAUAGUGAGUUGGAUUUGUUUCUUGAAUUGUUGCCUUUAAGAAUGAGGAGAGAAUUAUCUGGGCAUAGAGAGAUUGGCGAGUUGAUUGAAGUGGUAAUGGAUUUGGGAAGGAAGCCUAUUGCCAGGUUCCCGUCUGGGGAUUUUGUCAUUUGUGAGCAGCCAGUGAGACACGAGGAUUUAAAGCAGGCUAUAUCAAAGGUUGGUGAUUUUUCUGAUGACAACCGUUCGGGUAUCAAUAGUUCUUUGCAUCGAAUAAGUGCCAUUCGAAACCGCAAAAUGCAAAUUAUUGGUCUUACUUGUCGGGUUGGUCGAGCUGUAUCUGGAAGUCGUCCAGGAGUGGGUAAAACAACCUUAAUCAGAGAAACAGCCAGAAUGUUGGCAGAUGACCAGGGAAAACGUGUUGUAAUUGUAGACACGUCAAAUGAAAUUGGUGGUGAUGGAGAUGUUCCCCAUGCAGGAAUAGGUCGUGCAAGGAGGAUGCAAGUUCCUAAUGUUAAUAUGCAGCAUAAUGUUAUGAUCGAAGCUGUUGAAAAUCAUAUGCCCGAGACCAUCAUAAUUGAUGAGAUCGGAACAGAGCUUGAAGCCUUAGCCGCCAGCACUAUUGCUCAACGUGGAGUUCAGCUGGUUGGAACAGCCCAUGGAAUGACAAUAGACAACAUAAUAAAGAAUCCUUCUUUGCAGAUUCUUGUUGGAGGCAUAGAGAGUGUAACUCUUGGGGAUGAGGAAGCAAGGAAAAGGAAAGUGCAGAAGACAAUUCUUGAGAGGAAAGGGCCCCCGUCAUUCACAUGUGCUGUUGAGAUGAUAUCUAGAACCGAGUGUCGUGUUCAUCACAGAUUAGAUGCAACAGUAGAUGCUAUACUGGCUGGAAGAUCUCCUCUAUUUGAAAUCCGCCACAUGGAUAUUGAGGGUGAAGAUUCUCUUAAGUCCAUUCCAAUUCUUCAAGAGAAACUUAUAGGAGAAAGUGAUGAUUCUCUCGAGUCCAUUCCAAUACUUCGAGAGAACCUUAUAGAAGAAAGUGAUGAUUCUCUCAAGCCCAUUCCAAUACAUCGAGAGAACCUUAUAGAAGAAACUGUGGUGAUGACUAUUAAUAAAGAAAAAUCCGAUGUAGUAGAGUCUGAUGAGGAAAAUGAAGAUUAUCAUCCAAAACAGUCCAAGAAAUGGAAAUCCAAUGGAUCUGUGCCCCAGAGGAAUUCACCAGUAUGUGUCUACACUUGCAAGAUCCUCGAUUCUGAUCUACUACAAGUGGCAAAGGUAAUGGGGCUGGAGGAUGAGAUAGAUGUGACUGAUGACAUUGGAGCAGCAGAUGCAAUUCUAGCAUCCAGUUCAGAAAUGAAGCAGAACCCAUGGAUCCGUGGUGCUGCAAAAUUCCAUCACUUGCCGGUAUUCGUUACAAAGUCAAAUACCAUGGCACAAAUGGUGAAGGCACUUCGCAUGAUUGUCGGAAUGGAAUCACUUGGCUCUUCAUUAAAGCAGCCACUCAAAAGUUCAUUUGACAUAGAGACUGAAGAUGAUGCACCAAAAAGGAAACCAACCCUGGAAGAGAUUGAUGCCUUGGAGGAGGUUCGCCUUGCAAUUGAGUACAUUGUCAUCCCUGGAGGAGAGCCGGUGGAACUACUUCCUAGAUGCUCUGAAAUAAUUGCUCGGCAGCUAGAGCUCGUGGAAAGCUAUCAGUUGACAGCAGAAAAUUCAGGCACUGAAGUUAACCCUAGGUUGCAGAUUCUUCCUAUGAAGACAAACAAGAAAACUUCUAAAUCUCCAAAAUCCAGUUCAACUUCACACUCGGUGACAAGCUUAGAUUCAUUAACUCGAAGCAGUGGUACUAGUGUCACAAGGCUGCCCCUUCUUCCUGAAUAA